UCGCCGUGGCUUGCGCAGCACAGCAUAAGCAAUAAUCGGGAGUGUUUCCUUCAGGGGCGUAUAUGCACUUUAUGCCAGGCAAGUGUCCAAGCGAUUUGGUGCAUUGAAGAGACGCUUUUUUUGCCAAAGCAGCCCCGUUAGUUAUCCAGUAUCGAGGCUGGUUGGAUAUGGUGCCGCCGGCCCAGUGAACACAGCGCCUAUUCACACGCGAACCGCUCAGAGAGGGGAGCUGAACUACGCCUAAAUCACGUUCUUUUCGAAUACCGUGCACCGCUACUUUAGCCAAUCAUGACUGACGCAAAGUACUUCACGACGACCAAGAAAGGUGAAAUAUUCGAGCUGAAGAGUGAACUGAACAGCGACAAAAAAGAGAAGAAACGCGAAGCAGUCAAGAAAGUGAUCGCUUCGAUGACAGUCGGCAAGGAUGUCAGUGCCCUGUUUCCAGAUGUGGUGAACUGCAUGCAGACAGACAACCUAGAACUGAAGAAACUUGUCUACCUCUACCUGAUGAAUUAUGCUAAGAGUCAACCUGAUAUGGCUAUAAUGGCUGUGAAUACAUUUGUAAAAGACUGUGAGGACGGCAACCCCCUGAUCCGGGCGCUGGCGGUGCGCACCAUGGGUUGCAUCCGCGUGGACAAGAUUACGGAGUACCUAUGCGAACCCCUGCGGAAGUGCUUAAAAGACGAGGACCCCUACGUGCGAAAGACGGCUGCCGUGUGCGUCGCCAAGUUGCAUGACAUCAAUGCCCCCCUCGUGGAGGACCAGGGCUUUUUGGAUCAGCUGCGAGAUCUUCUCUCUGAUUCCAACCCCAUGGUAGUGGCCAAUGCUGUGGCAGCGCUGUCAGAGAUGAAUGAGGCAUCGAGCAGUGGCCAGCCACUGUCCGAGAUGAGCGGGCCCACCAUCAAUAAGCUGCUGACUGCACUGAACGAGUGCACCGAGUGGGGUCAAGUGUUCAUCCUUGAUUCGUUGUCAAACUACUCGCCCAAGGACGAACGCGAGGCCCAGAGCAUCUGCGAGCGGGUCACUCCUCGCCUGGCACACGCCAAUGCGGCUGUGGUGCUGUCGGCAGUCAAGGUGUUGAUGAAGUUCAUGGAGAUGAUGAGCAGCGACUCCGACUUCGUCACCACCCUGACAAAGAAGCUGGCCCCUCCUCUGGUCACAUUGCUGUCCAGUGAACCAGAGGUGCAGUACGUGGCACUCAGGAACAUCAACCUUAUCGUGCAGAAAAGGCCCGACAUCCUGAAACACGAAAUGAAGGUCUUCUUUGUCAAGUACAACGACCCAAUAUACGUGAAGUUGGAGAAAUUGGACAUAAUGAUACGCCUUGCAUCCCAAGCAAACAUUGCUCAAGUCUUGGCCGAGCUGAAAGAGUAUGCCACGGAAGUCGAUGUGGACUUUGUGCGCAAGGCUGUGCGUGCCAUUGGCCGCUGUGCCAUCAAGGUGGAGCAGUCAGCCGAGAGGUGUGUCAGCACUCUGCUCGACCUCAUUCAAACCAAGGUUAACUAUGUUGUUCAAGAGGCCAUCGUUGUCAUCAAGGACAUCUUUAGGAAGUACCCAAACAAGUAUGAAAGCAUUAUAUCAACACUGUGUGAAAACCUGGACACACUGGAUGAACCAGAAGCAAGAGCCUCUAUGAUUUGGAUCAUAGGAGAGUAUGCUGAGCGCAUUGACAAUGCAGAUGAACUCCUGGAAAGCUUUCUGGAAGGAUUUCACGAUGAGAAUACUCAAGUUCAACUUCAGCUGCUUACAGCCAUAGUCAAGCUGUUUUUGAAACGACCCACCGAGACCCAAGAACUUGUGCAGCAGGUUUUAAGUCUGGCCACCCAGGACAGUGACAAUCCUGACCUCAGGGACCGGGGUUUCAUCUACUGGCGGCUGCUCUCGACAGAUCCUGCCGCAGCCAAAGAGGUUGUGCUGGCUGAGAAGCCACUCAUCUCCGAAGAGACUGACUUGCUCGAGCCCAGCCUGCUCGACGAGCUCAUCUGUCACAUUGGAAGCCUUGCCUCGGUCUACCACAAGCCCCCUUCGGCCUUCGUAGAGGGAUCACGUGCCGGCCUUCGCCGUGCCCUGCCCCCAAGGCACAACUCUGUGGGCUCAGCAGAAGAGGCAGGAGCGUCGGGAGCUGGGGACCAGUCAACUGUCAUCCCGAGUGCUGACACCCUGAUUGGUGACCUUCUGAGCAUGGACAUUGGUGCUCCACCUGCUGUGCCACCUGUCGCGGCCGUGCCACCGACUGCUGCUGCUCCAGCGGCUGCCAUGGACAUCUUUGGUGGCGGUCUGGACAGCUUGUUGGGCGACCCUCUUGGCGGUGCGGGAGCUGCUCCUAUCCCAGCGGCGACGCCGGCUCCACUGGGAUCCACUAACACAACCGGCCUGCUGGGUGACAUAUUUGGCUUAGGCACCACCAGCACCUUCUACACGCCACCAAAGCAGAUCUGGCUGCCUGCAGCGCGAGGAAAAGGUUUGGAGAUUGCAGGCACCUUCACGCGAAGAAAUGGCCAAAUCUUCAUGGACAUGACCUUCAGCAAUAAAGCAAUGCAGGCCAUGACUGGCUUUGCUAUCCAGUUCAACAAAAACAGCUUUGGGCUGGCCCCUGCACAACCACUGCAGGUGCAGGCUCCCUUGCAGCCGAACUUCCCGGCAGAUGCAAGCCUUCCGCUUUCCACUACUGGCCCUGUCCAGAAGAUGGAUCCCCUUACAAAUUUGCAGGUGGCCGUCAAGAACAACGUGGACGUCUUCUACUUCAGUUGUGUGGUUCCAUUGCACGUGUUGUGUGUGGAAGACGGACUGAUGGACAAGCGCGUGUUUUUAGCCACCUGGAAAGACAUCCCAGCCCAGAAUGAGUUGCAGUUCACACUGGACGCCGGCUCCCUGUCGGCCGACCAACUGGCCCAGCGGCUGCAGCAGAACAACAUCUUCACCAUCGCCAAGCGGAACGUGGAUGGCCAGGACAUGCUGUACCAGUCGCUCAAGCUCACCAACGGCAUCUGGGUGCUGGCCGAGCUGAAGGUUCAACCGGGGAACCCCAGGAUUACUUUGUCCUUGAAGACGAGAGCGCUGGAAGUGGCACAAGGGGUGCAUCAGAUAUACGAAAUUAUCCUACGCAGCUGAGAAGACUGAACGGGAAUGUUUAUCAAUGUCUUUUUUUUCCUUGAUGCAGUCGAGUCUGAACUUUUUUUUUUGUUCUGUUGUGGCAUGUAUGCAAAGCAGAAGUGCAACAUUCCUAAGUUAUAUCGCUGCACCUGUGCGAAAGGACUGCAAAACUUGGUGUGCUUGGUUGGCAUCCAAUUCGCGUGUAGAGCUGUCAAAAAAAUUUUUGUGAGUUUCAAUCUUGUUUCGUGUACUGGACAUUCCCGACCCAACCGACACUUUGGAUCAUAGUGUAUAGUAGUUAAAACUUCAAAAGGCCCUUAUUCACUUAGUGGCUGCUGCGUAGCUCUUUAAUAUUUUACUCUUGCACUGUUGAAGGAAGGUCUUCAGCUCACCUUCAGAUGGAUGUGUGUGAAUAUGAAUGUUUUUGUGUUGGAAGAGCAUUUGAAGCUUUGUGCGUUUAGCAAAGCACGACCUCCGUAGUGAGACAUUUACCUUUUUUGUUUUCGUCUCAUUUUGCUCAUUUGUCAAGGAAUUGUGCAUCACGCUUCAAGGCCUAAGGCAUAGACACUUAAAAAAACCACUUGGCAUGUGUUGUGUUCUCCAACCCAAGCAAAAAUGUUGCACCCGUAGUGAAAUCUGGGCACAAACUGAGAAAAAAUUUCGUGCCGAACAAGUGAUGUGCAAACUAGUUUUUCCCUUGCUAUUUCUUCAUUUAGCGCAAGCUGACAUUUCUAAAGCUACUACUUGAAUUCGGAGAUUCUUAGUGGUUCGGAAGUCCGAACUGAGGCGUUGACCGUGCUAAUGGAGCUUUGCUGUAGAGGUUCUUAAACCUUCCUCGACUCAAUGCUGAUUUUGUUGCAAGAAAAAAAAAAACUUACUGGGCCACACGCUACUCUAGUGGUGAAACCACUUCAAUCGUGCUUUUCGGCAAAUUAAAAUACUGUGACCAGGUCAUCUUGCAAGCACCAAUAAAAGUCUUGCUUCGCGAGACCUCCAACCACUGGAAGCUGGUUUUGUUUUGAGAUUGCCACCUUGCUAAUUUAAAGAUAGCGUUGAGUUGAAGCCAGUUUGUGAACAACUGUGGCUAUUGUAUAUUCUGUGAUGAUGCGAAUGACUUUAGUUGGAGAUAUAUAACAGUUGUACACCAUUUGCAACAUGCCAGUAGGUGCAUAGAUUUGCCUGCGAUCUAGACCAUCACAAACUGCAAGGCGAAGUGCAUGAGAGUAGGGGGUAUUUCGUAGAAUUUUUUUCUUGAAAUAGUGCUUUUCAGUAUGAACUUAAGCCUCCUCAAGCAUUGUCAGCUUGGGAGAUGCCUCUUUGUAGAGUGUGGGCACAGGGAAACGAGGGUAAGUUGUUGGAGAAGACCACUUUUGACGACCGCAAAUGAGCCACAGCUGCCAAAGUGCUCGGACUUACCAUGUAGCACUUUGGUUAUUGGCAGUGUAAGAACAUUCAGUUCUCGGCUAUUUCGAGCAUUGUCAUUCAUUUUUUUUACGUAGCAUUGUAUCGUUAAGGAUGUUGUAAAAGCCCGGUUGUUUCAUUGUCAGAUAUAAUUAUUUUCAACUUAUAGUAACGUUUAGAAACUGUCACUUGUUUUGCAUAUGGUGUACCGCGAUGAAAGUGGCGUCUGAAGCCUCCCAUUUAUUUGCUUUAUUGCCUUUCAGUGACACUGCGAGUGAAACAAUAAAAAAAGAGCUAACCCUAUUCCCCCUUCCCUCGAAAUGUAUAAACUGUAAGCUCGUUGUUGUUUCUACUGCCGUAACAGUGGUUGUACUUUUAUGCUAAGAUUUUCCUUCGAGAAGAAAAAUACAUGUGCACGAGCAUGUCCCAAUGCUGUUCAUGAAGCACAGUGCAUUGGCAUGCUGCGUGCAUGUGUCGAGUCUGUGAAACACCCGUGUGAGUAACUUUUCAUUUCGCGGCAAUACGUUCAGCAUUGUAAACACUUGCAUAAGAGAACGAAGCCAGAUGUUACUCCUGCUUUGAGUGCUGUAAGAAGCUGGGCGAUGUUACUUUUUCUUUGCGUUUAUAAAAACUUGCCACAACAGUUAUGCAGAGCAUUCAGUUGUUAGCCUUUACCAGGUGUUACAGAAGGAGUUGGAACGUAAGUGUGGAAGUUGACUGUAAAAUAAAAAGGAAUAAAACUCAAUGAAGUAUUGGUGGCUGA